UAUUGUUAUAAAGCAUUUUGUACUUUUAAAUAUUUUAGUUGGGUGUAUUGUUGUAUCCUCAUUUUAUUAUGUACAUACAAACCCAAAGGAACACUUUUAAUUAAAUUUGUACUUGCAGGAAUAUGACAUUUAAGAACAUUUUCUAUGGCGAUUUAAUGUAACGUUCAGAAAAACAAGAAGACGUACCAAAAUAAUAGUGCUGUAUGUACUAUCAUCAACUUUAUGUCAAAUAUGAUGUGUAGUACGAUAUUGAGCCUUUAGGUGACGCCAAAGUGCCCUUCCACGCUGUACGUCACAAAAGCCAUGAAAGAAGAAGACACGUUAAAAAAAAAUUCAGUUCCAACAUGGCGGCUGCCCGAAAACUGAAACACAUGGUGGCCUCGCAGCCAGGCUUUUUAAGUUUGAAGUCCUCGGAUCCUACAAGUGGGGUUAGCAGUCGAAGAAAGCGCGUGAGCAAGAAUAAGAAAAAGAACUGGAACAAACACAGUGACAUUCGAGAUGUAGAAGACUUUUUAGAAGACAUCAGGCAUCAGGAGAGGACUACCGGUGGGCUGUUGGCUGAGAAAUCUGAUGACAAUUUAUUCUUUCUGGAUGUCGGAGAACAACAACAAAAAGAUGAUCACAAAGCAUCGGAGCAGGUGAAGGACAAGAAGAAGAAAGGGAAGUCACAGCGUCCUCUCAGGAUAGACUUGAUCCUCCAGCAUGACUCGCUUGUCCCACCAAUUAAAGAUGUGCUGGCCUACCAACAGCCCAAUGCAAAGAAACUUCGUCAUCGUCUCAAGAGGCUAGAGCAUUUGGCAGCCAAAGGCGUAAUACCACGGACACAGAGAAAGGCUCUCAACAGACAGAUAUCAAACACAACACCUAAAAAGGCAGUGACAGAGGCCAACAACAACCCAAAGAGAGAAUAUUAUGACAUCUGGGGUCUAGAGUCCAAAAAUACAGCAGAUCCAUGGUACCUUCAGCAGACUGGCAAGAAGCCAGUCAAGCGGCCAGAGAAAUUGAAUGAGAAGCCAUCCAUUUUACCGGCAGUGGAGGUGAUUGCACCUGGAGGUUCCUAUAAUCCAGACUUCUUCUCCCAUCAGGCUUUACUACAAGAAGCUCACAACGUGGAGGUUAAGAAAAAGAAGGUGAAAGACAAAAUUAACAGACAGCUCUCUGUCAAGAAAGCAGAUAAAGCGACACAGGAGACUGUGUUUCAUGAGGAAGUGGAAGGCCUGGUGGAGGAAGAUGAAGACGAAGAGAUGCCUGCUGUCGGGGAGGAAGAAGGGGGUGGGGUAGGAGGAGGCAUCGCGCUGGCAGAGAAGAAAACUGAGAAACAAAGAAAAAAAGAAAAGGCAGCGAAAAUGAAGGAGCAACAGCGGCUGGCUGAGAAAUAUCAGACCAGCAAACGACAGCAACUCUUCCAGUUUCGCUCCAUCAAAGAUACCAUCAAACAGCAAGAAAAGAGGACCGCUGCAAGACAGGAAAAACGGAAGGCCAAGAUGGAGGCCGAGAAAUCUCAGCCUCGGCGCCUCGGCAAACUCAAGUUUCACCCUGAGGACCUUGAAAUCAAAUUAAGUGACGAGCUCACCAGUUCCCUACGGCAACUCAAGCCAGAGGGCAGCAUCCUCAAAGACCGCUUCAAGAGUCUGCAGAAGAGGAACCUAAUUGAACCCAGAGAGAGAGCCAAGUUCAAGAGGAAAUAUAAGCUGAAGUAUGCAGAGAAGAGAGCUUUUAAAGCCAUCACUUAACGCCGCGGAGCCCGAGAAGACUGGAGCGCAGUAAAAGCUUCAAAUGCAACAUAAUGGAACCAGCUGUAUAUAUAAUGACCCGCUGACCUUUUUGGACAAUACCUCCAGUUUACACACAAAUUAUAUGGCACUUAAUCAUUACAGAAAUGCUGUGUGAUUUGUGUUCGGACAAGUUUAUCAGUUCUGACCAGGUGGUAAUGGUUCUGUUAUUUUUUUUAAUUGAUCAUAAAUGACUGUUCAUGCCAAGUGGUGGUGUACUUCCAUUCAAGUGUGAUUUCCAACAAAGCACGAUGACAAGCUCACUCAUGUAAAGUGUAAUUGUGCAGCAGAUUUGUUCAAAUUUGAAUUUACUGUUGCAGAAAUGUUUGAAAAAAUAUUUGAUAUUUCUACUUCAUUUGAGGUUUUAGCCUUACUAACAGUUGAAUUGAUCUAACUUAAGACUCACUUAAAGAUUGAGCAAUA